AUUUGAAAGGUCAAGGUGACCCUAAGUUCAACAUGGCUGUAGCAGUACCAGAAACUUGUGAUGUGGAAACAUUGUAUUCUAUUGAUCCAUACCUUAAGGCACACCAUAGAGAAAUCACAAGAAGGUUUGAUUGUUUCAAGCAAAGUCUGACAGACAUUGAGAAGAAUGAAGGCAUUGAAGCAUUCACCAGUAGUUACAACACCCUUGGUCUCCACCAGACAGCAGAUGGGGGGAUAGAAAGUGUGGAGUGGGCCCCAGGGGCCGAGGCACUUUUCUUGAGGGGAGACUUCAAUAAUUGGCAGAGAGCCCAGCAUAGAUAUGAAAAACUCCCUUUUGGCAAGUGGAAGCUGACUCUACCCCCUAACUCAAAUGGUACAUGUCCAAUACCACAUAACAGUAUGAUCAAGUUGGAAGUACUUUCUAAAGAUGGACAGAUGCUAGAUAGGAUCUCUCCAUGGGCCAAGUAUGUGUGCCAAAAGGAAAAAGCAAAUGUUUUCGAUUGGCAUUUCUGGAAUCCUCCAAAAGAAGAGAUAUACAAAUUUCAACAUCCACGACCACAAAAACCAGAGAGUUUGAGAAUUUAUGAAGCUCAUGUUGGUAUUGCAUCUUGGGAAGGAAAGAUAUCAUCCUACAAAAAUUUCACUUAUAAUGUCAUACCAAGGAUCAAGAAUUUAGGUUAUAAUGCGAUUCAACUGAUGGCUAUAAUGGAACAUGCCUACUAUGCAAGCUUUGGUUACCAAAUCACAAGCUUCUAUGCUGCUUCUAGUCGUUAUGGAACUCCCGAAGAACUGAAGGAACUUGUUGAUGUUGCACAUAAAAAUGGUCUGUACGUCUUACUCGAUGUUGUUCACAGCCACGCCUCUAAAAAUGUCGCUGAUGGAUUAAAUCAAUUUGAUGGCACAGAAUCCUGCUUCUUCCACGAGGGAGGCCGUGGGACUCAUGAUUUGUGGGAUAGCAGACUUUUCAAUUAUACGGCGUGGGAAGUUCAAAGAUUCUUGUUGUCCAACCUUCGCUGGUGGAUUGAGCAGUACAUGUUUGACGGCUUCCGUUUUGAUGGUACUACUUCUAUGAUCUACCACAGUCAUGGCAUGGGUGAUGGAUUCAGUGGAGACUACAAUGAAUACUUUGGACUGAAUACAGACACAGAGUCUUUGGUCUAUCUGAUGCAGGCAAAUUAUAUCUUACACUCACUCUAUCCAUUCAUCAUCACCAUUGCUGAGGAAGUGUCAGGCAUGCCUGGGUUAUGCCGUCCAGUAACAGAAGGAGGGGGAGGAUUUGACUACAAACUAGCUAUGGCUAUUCCAGACAUGUGGAUCAAGAUUCUCAAACAUGAGCAAGAUGAUAAUUGGAAAAUGGCCCAUAUAGUUCACACGCUUACGAAUAGACGUUGGAAAGAAAAACAUAUCGCAUAUGCUGAAAGCCAUGAUCAAGCUCUAGUUGGUGAUAAAACCAUUGCAUUUUGGCUAAUGGACAAAGAAAUGUACACAAAUAUGUCAUGCCUGACCCACCUUAGUUUGAUAAUAGAGCGGGGAUUAGCUUUACAUAAGAUGAUCAGGCUAAUCACACAUGGAUUAGGUGGUGAAGGCUACUUAAACUUCAUUGGAAAUGAAUUUGGUCAUCCUGAAUGGUUAGAUUUUCCCAGAGUUGGAAACAAUGAAUCCUUCCAUCAUGCAAGGCGUCAGUUCAAUCUUGCCGAUGAUGAUUUACUCCGUUAUAAGUUCCUUAAUAGGUUUGAUGCAGACAUGAAUCACUUAGACGAAAAAUAUAAUUGGCUUGCAUCACCACAGGGAUAUGUUAGCUGCAAACAUGAUGGGGAUAAAGUGAUAGCCUUUGAACGUGCAGGGCUUGUGUUUGUUUUCAACUUUCAUCCUUCUCAAAGCUUCACAGACUACAGAAUUGGAGUGGAUGAACCUGGAAAAUAUGCAGUAGUUCUUGAUACAGAUGAUGAGAAGUUUGGAGGACAACAAAGAGUGGACCAUUCUGCAACGCAUUUCUCGAAAGAUGAACCUUGGGCCAAUAGGAAAAACUCUAUAUAUGUAUAUGUACCUUGUAGGACAGCAAUAGUGUUAGCUAAACAAGACUGAGGACUACUUUCCCUGCUUAGAAUAGUACUGAUAAGCUCAGCCCCCUGGCUAGCUGUUGCGCUAAUACAAAAUAUCAAUGAGAUGGCUCUCUGAACAGGUGGAGAUGGAGAUCGUUAUAACGUGUAUUCUCAAUUUCAUUGGAUGAUUCACUUUUUAUGACGUAAAAUAGAAGAGCUCAUUCAUUUGACGUGCUGAUGAGUUUGUAAGUGGACAGUAGUGAAUCAUUUAUCAGUAUUGAUCUGUCAGUCUGUUCAUCAGUACAUGCAAUAACAUUUUUCUUCAAAAUGGCAGCUACAGUACCUUAAUAGUGAGAUAGCAAAAUACAAAAUGGCUACCCAAACAUGGGUUCUGUUUUGAAAUAUUGAAAAUGAGAGUCUUUUUGGAAAUAGUCCAUAAAGAUUAGUGUAAAAUAGUGUGGGAUUUGCCGCUCAGUGGAGUUGCCAUAUUUAUCUAAUAUACAUGAAUGAAAUACUGUGGCACAAAUGUAGCUAUGCUUUAUGGACAGUGCAUUAUUCCGAUAUAAUGCAUUGAGAACCACUACUAAUCAUGUAGAGUUAUAUGUCAUGCAUUGUUGAGUGUUAUUAUAUAUGUAUGAAAGCCUACAUGUACAUAAUAUGAACACAACUCAAUUGUAAUUUGGAAAUCUAUCCUGCCUGAUAUUUGCCAAUAUUAAAAUGCUGGAUCAGCAGUUUCUGCGUUUUAGUAAAAGAAGUGUGGAAAAUAUAAAUCUUAUUGUGCCAUUAUAUCUUUCUCAAUCAAGUUGCAUUAUUGGUUGCAAGAAAUGAAAUGUGAUGGGUAUCAGAAUGUGAAAAUCUGGUUUCAUAUACUGUAAAUUUAAAUAGCUAUAAAUGUUUAGACUAUUGUUCUUGUGUUUAGACUUGUAGAAGUACGUCAAUGUGGUUGACACAGCCUUUGUAAAAGGUAUGAAGGGGUUACGUCAUGUCAUUACUAAUUUGUGGUCUAUUGCAACAAAUAGAUUAUAUAUUAUAUAAUAUAAAUAUGUUUAAAUAUAUACUCUCUAACCAGGUAGUCUGGCAUGUUAUUUACCCUUAUUCUGAAAUUAUACAUAUUGAGAUUUGUGCAGUGAAAGAGAUGGUCUUCCAUGAGAAGGCUUUCCAAAGGAACUAUUUAUGAAGUAAUUGAUUAGGUAUUAAGACAACAGACCAAAAUCUAAUUUUCUCUAAAGAAAGGAUAUUAUUGAAACUUUAAGCCAGUAUUGUGUCAUAUAGCAGGGUUUAAACCCAAGUUUUCCAAGAAUCUAGCUCACAAUCAUGAGGCAAUGGUAGAUAUAUCAUUGUUUUUGUCUCUUCCUGUCCCACUUUCUUUGUAAACUGUAUAAUAGGAAGCUCCUUGUUCUUGAACAAAAUAUUACCAAACAUAGAAUUCAAUUAUUGUAAGUUUACAAUUAUAUUGUGCAGAAUGUAUGUAAACUGCAGUCAAACUGCAUAGUGUGCUGAUGAAUAAAUAUUAUGUACAUGCCAUAUUUCAAGGU